UAAACAAAAUAUUGAAAAAAAAUUCAACAAAAAAAUUGCAAAAUUUUAUAAAAAAAAAAUUCUAAAAAUAUGAAUAUACCCCUCCCCAUUACAAACCGUUCUUCCAUCAUAAAACAUUUUCUUUGUGUGUGUGUGUACGAUGAUGAUGAUAAUGAAUAAUGGAAACAACGGAUUUAAACAAUUUCAAUUUAUUUUUGUCUAAAUGUUUUUGUUUAUGAUGAUAAUGAUACACACAUUGAUUUAAUAUUUGUGUCCACAAAUGCUAAAAAGAUGUGUAUCAAAAAAAUGAUAAAUUAAUAAAAUGAAAAUUCCGUUUAUAAAAAAAGGAUGGCAGCACUUUUGCACAUUUGAACUUUGUUCCACUCAUGUAGGUUGCAUGUUUGCUCUUCGGUCUGUGUGUGUGUGUGUGCAUGCAUAUUUUUCAACGGUUUUUUCAUUAGCAUUUUUGUAUGCUUCAUGGAUAAGACAUGAUUACAUGGGUUAAGAAAAAUUUUCUUUUGUUUACUUUUUUUUGUGGUUAUAUAAGACAUAUAUUUGAUAUUUGUCUUUCAUCAAUUACUGUCAUUUGUCAUGGCUAAAAUUUCUUCCAAUCAGAAUGGUCGUUCAAAUUAUGUAGGAUUUAAAGUUAAAUUGCGACGAUUACCAAUGAAACAAAAAGAUCAUAAUGUUGAUGACAGCCAUAUCAUCAUCAAACAAGAAUCAUCCACAAUGACAAAAGAACAAAAUAUGAAACCUAUAUUGUCUGAAAUAAAAGAUUCUUCGAUUAUAUCUGAUGCUGUUAUUGUAAAAACCGAAUCAACAACAUCACAACAUUCUUCAAAAUAUGAAACUGAUCCAAUUUUAAGUAAUAUUAUAAACAAAUUAAACAUAUCGGCCAAAGUAAUGAUUACGCCAAAACUUAAUUAUGGUCGUCGCCUUAAUAGUUCAUUACCAAAACCGUCAUCAACAGCAGAUGAUAUUAGUGAUAAAUUCGAAAAAAACUCAAUGUCCGAUAUUCAGCACAUAAAUCGGGUAUUAUUUGACCAUGACAGUUUUCACCAUGAAUCUUCAGCCAUCAACACUAUUAGUAUUAAUCAAAAUGAUGAAAUGGACUCAAAUUUAAUUUUCAAUCGUUUCUAUGAUGGUGAUAUGAGUAACAUGAGUAAUAACUAUUCAAAAAGUGAUUAUUAUUAUGAAUAUCAACGUUUAGAAACAUUACGUCGGCAAGAAUUACUAAAACAAAAUGCCGAUCUCGUUAGUUUGAUAACUAAAGUAAAUUUUAACAAUUUAUCAUACAUUGAAGAAGACGAUGAAAACAAUAACCAAACAAAUGAUCCAUCGAAUUCCGAACAAUCUAUAGAUGUUAAUUCAAAUAAUAAAAUGAUACGAACAUUUUCAGCUGAUGAAUCGGUGGCUGAAAUUGAACUAGAUAAUUUUGAACCAAAAUUUAUAAAAGAUAUUGAUUUUGCAGUUUUAACACAUCCUGAUUCUCGCCAAUUUCGUUGGAAUUCAGAUGAAAAUAAAGAUUUAUCGACUGCUGGAAAAAUGGUUCCGAUAAAAAAGAAAACUAUGAUAUCAAAAUCAACGUCACAAAAGAAAAAAUCUUCUGCUAAGAAAAUUCCUCUUCGAGCACCUGAAAUGUCGAAAAAAGAUCAUUCUCGAUUAGUGCCGUUGAAUCUUGAUUCAAAAUUUGAUUCUGUACAAAAAACAACAGAUGCAAUACCAAAACAAUCUAAAUCAUUACCAGAAUCGUUGAACGACAUUGAUUCUAAAAAAUCAACAACAACAACGAAUAACAAUAAGGUGAAAGAUUCAAUCUCUUCAUCAUCGUUACAGAAAUCCGUAUCAGAUUUUACCAAAAUACACAAAAUGGUUGAAAAUCUUGGUUCAAAACAUUUAAAGAGUACACAAAAAAAUGGCGAUACAACUGGUAAAAAAUCCUCUGGUACUUCCAAAAACAUUAAUUCUUCAGCUAAGAAGAUGAAGGAAAUUUCUGUCAAUAAUAAAAUCUAUCUAGUCCUAAAUCAGAUUGGUACAGGUGGAUCAUCAAAAGUUUAUCAGGUUUAUGCACAGGAUGAUAUGAAAACAUUUGCAUUGAAAGUAGUCGGUUUAAAUGAUGCCGAUAAAACAGUGGUUGAAGGAUUUUAUAGUGAAAUCAAACUGCUCAAAAGUUUACGUCAUUGUCAACGUGUUGUACAAAUGUAUGAUUAUGAAUUUCGUGGCAAAAGCAAAGAAUUGCUUAUUGUAAUGGAAAAAGGUGAUGCAGAUCUAUCGCAAGUGCUUAAAUCACAUUCUCAAUUAUCAUCAUCAAAACUAUCGCCACAUGUUAUACGAUUAUAUUGGCAAGAAAUGCUUGGAGCUGUAAAAGAAAUCCAUGAUGCACAAAUUGUUCAUUCUGAUCUUAAACCAGUGAAUUUUAUACUGGUAUCAGGCGCAUUAAAAUUAAUCGAUUUUGGUAUUGCCAAUAGAAUACGAUCGAAUCAAACUAAUGUUUAUAAAGAUUCCAUUAUUGGAACAGUCGAUUAUAUGGCACCGGAAUCAUUUCUAAAACGUUCGGAAAAUCAAAACAAAGUUAAAUAUAAUCAAAAAGUAGAUAUAUGGAGUCUUGGAAUUAUUCUAUACAAUCUUGUAUAUGGCCAUACACCAUUCUCUCAAUAUGGUUCGGAUAUGUUAAAAAAAGGUAUGGCAAUCGUUAAUAGUGAUAUUGAAUAUGGACCAAUCGAUGAUGAUUUACUACUCAAUGUUAUUAAGAAAUGCCUACAAAAAGAUCCGAAAAAACGUCCGACAGCCGACGAAUUGCUAAAACAUCCAUAUCUAACAUCACAUCAUUAUUAAAAUCAACAUUAUUUGGAUUCAUUGCCAGCAACUAAAUCUAAACGAAAAAACUAUUAUGAUAUUAAUAUCUUUUGUUAAAAACAAAGGAAUAACACGAAAUAACCAAAUUUUAAUAAGAAUAAAAUAAAAGAAAUCUCUGAGCUAUGACUCAACAAGAAUUGUGCUUAAAUACAUAAAAUAAUAAUUCAAUUCACAACAUCUUUUUCGACUUUUUUAAAAAUUGGAUUUAUGAUUAUUCACAAAUGCGUUAGUACCAAUUUUUUAAAAUAUUUUUUAAUAAUUCAUCAAAAAAAUAAAAAUAAUCUUUUCCAUGAUAAAAGAAUAUAAAUUUUUUUCAAUUUUUUUCGUUUUGUUUUUCACAUAUAUUUUUCUUUGUUAUAUAAUUUAUAAUUGCUUGAGAAUUUGUAUGCUUUUGAACACACUUUUUUUAAAAAAUGAUAAAAGUGAAUUAAAUAAAUGGAAAUGUGUGUGUGUGUGUGUGUGAUUGCCAACAA